UUAUUCACAAAUGGGUGUCCACUCUUCCAAAUAUUAUGUUAAACAUUGCAAAAAUGAAAAAUUAAUAUGAGAGAUCUGCAAAAAGUUUAUGGAAAGUUCACAAUGGUCCGUAGUGGAAAAAAUGGUGACCUUCAUCUUAAACAGAUUGCAUAUUAUAAACGAACUGGCGAAUAUCAUCCAACUACACUGCCAAGUGAGAGAAGUGGCAUAAGAAGAGCAGCAAAAAAAUUUGUCUUCAAAGAAAAAAAGCUGUUUUAUGUUGGAAAAGACAGAAAACAAAGUCGUUUGGUAAUUGUUUCAGAAGAGGAAAAAAAGAAAGUCCUAAGAGAAUGCCAUGAAAAUGAUACUGGGGCUCAUCAUGGCAUAUCCAGAACCCUCACCCUAGUGGAAUCCAAUUACUAUUGGACUUCUGUGACCAAUGAUGUCAAACAGUGGGUAUAUUCUUGUCAGCAUUGCCAAGUGGCAAAAAAUACAGUCAUUCUAGCACCUAAACAGCACCUUCUCAAGGUGGAAAAUCCGUGGAGUAUAGUUACUGUUGAUCUCCUGGGACCUUUUCAUACAAGCCACGGAAGUCAUGUCUAUGCUAUAAUCAUGACAGAUUUGUACUUGUUCACAAAAUGGGUUGUAAUUUUGCCUCUGUGUGAUGUUUCAGCAUCAGAAAUUUCUAAAGCUAUUAUCAGUAUAUUUUUCUUAUAUGGACCUCCCCAGAAAGUAAUAAUGGACCAAAGAGAUGAAUUCAUUCAACAGAUCAAUGUUGAACUGUGUGGAUUGUUUGGCACAAAGCAGAUUGUGAUCCCUCAUGCCUCUGGAACUGUUAAUCCAACUGAAAGUACACCUACCACAAUCAAAACAUUUCUCUCCAAACACUGCGCUGACCACCCAAACAACUGGGAUGAUCACCUGGCAGCUGUUUCAUUUGCCUUCAAUGUAAUUCACUUGGAGCCUUCUAAAAGUACUCCAUACUUUCAAAUGUUUAAUCGAAAUCCUUGUAUGCCCGAUACUUCAGAUACUGUUCACGAAGUGGAUGGUGAUAAUACAAGAAUGUUUACUAAAAUUCUAGAUGCAAUUAAAGAAGCUGAUAAAAUAAUGGAGAAUGACACAACUUCAGUGGGCCAGAUGGAAAACAAUCAUUCGAAUGAACUAAAUAAAAGCAAGAUCACCAUUAAAAAGAAACCAAAGCAAUUAAAUCCGUUUCAUUUAAAAGUGGGUCAUGAAGUUUUAAGACAAAGGAAAAACUGGUGGAAGGAUGGUCGUUUCCAGUCCGAAUGGGUCGGUCCUUGUGUUAUAGACCACAUUACAGAAAGUGGAUGUGCUGUCCUGCGGGACAACACUGGGGCAAGACUUAAAAGGCCGAUCAAAAUGUCCCACCUUAAGCCCUAUGUAAGAGAAUCUAACGAGCAAGAUAGUCUUUACCUCUUACAAGGUGCAGUAGUGGCAGAUCAUGACUACCUUGGAUUGCCUGAAAUUCCAGUUGGUGCCUACCAAACAAAUAUUCUGGUAGAAGAUGCAGCUAUUGGUGGAGUCGAUCAUGAAUUACUGGCAUCAAGCAAGGAUCGUGAACUAUUAGAAUAUAGAAAUGCCAAAAUCUCUCCACUGAUAGAAGAUCACACUACUCUUGAAAAACAGACUCAGUCUGCUGGACUCAUCAAACCAAGUUCUUGAGUAUUUAAGUUAGUAAAUACCAAAACUCAUUUAAAAUGUUUCUUUAGAAUGUAGAAAACCCUUGAAUCUUGAUAUCCUAUCAGUUAAAAAAGAUUGUAUAGAAGAAGUGUCUUGAUACAAUCUUAAAGACUAAACCCUUAAAGUUUAUUUUAUAAUUAUUUAUUUAACGUUAUGCUGCAUUUGGA